GUUCAGCCCCCGGCGGGGGAGGGAAAUAAAGUGGCGCCGUUUCAGUCGCUGGGGGGAGUGCACAGCCCCUUCCUCAUACUGCAGCGCACUUCCUGCGAUCUCCCCUGCAGCCUCCGAGGCCACCCCCGGAGAGCGCCAGGAUGGCCGAGGAAAAGGGUGAAAAAGUAAUACUGGAAGAAACUGCACUUGAGGAAAUCGAAAGAGAUUUCCAGGAGGUUCUCAAUGAACUUUCAGGAGAUGAAGGUCUGGAGCGAUUUAGGAUUGAAUAUGAGAAGCUUCAUGCUGUCAUGAAAAAGUCUUACGACAAUGAAAAACGUCUGAUGGCCAAAUGUAGAGAGCUAAACGCAGAGAUUGUGGUUAAUUCUGCAAAGGUUGCCACUGCCCUGAAGCUCUCUCAGGAUGAUCAGACCACCAUCGCAUCCCUGAAGAAGGAAAUUGAAAAGGCCUGGAAGAUGGUGGACUCAGCCUAUGAUAAAGAGCAGAGAGCGAAGGAGACAAUUCUUGCCCUGAAAGAGGAAAUAGUGAACCUAACCAAACUUGUGGAGCAAGGGUCUGGACUGUCAGUGAACCAGGAGAGCAACAUCCGAGACUUACUGAAGUUCAAAGAAGAAGUGACAAAGGAGCGAGACCAGCUCUUGUCAGAAGUGGUGAAAUUACGAGAGUCCUUAGCUCAGACCACUGAGCAGCAGCAGGAGACGGAGCGGUGCCGAGAAGUGGCAGAGCAGGCCAUCAGUCAGUUCCAGCAAGAAAUCCAGCAACGUCAGAACGAAGCUUCGCGGGAGACUCGGAAGAAGGAAAAACUGGAGAAGGAGCUCAAGCAGAUUCAGACAGACAUGGGCACCAGGCAGACAGAGAUUAGGGCCCUCCAGCAGUAUGUGCAGAAGAGCAAGGAGGAGCUGCAGAAGCUGGAGCAGCAGCUGAAGGAGCAGAAGAUACUGAAUGAAAGAGCUGCAAAGGAACUGGAGCAGUUUCAGAUGAGAAAUUCUAAACUCCAGCAAGAGAACGAACAACACAGUUUGGUUUGUGAGCAGCUAUGUCAGGAAAACCAGCAGAAGGCGUUGGAGCUCAAAGCCAAAGAAGAAGAAGUCCAUCAGAUGCGACUUGACAUUGGGAAGCUCAACAAAAUCAGAGAACAAAUCCAUAAGAAAUUGCACCAGAUUGAAGAUCAAAAGUCAGAAGUGGAACAGCACAAGGAAACUCUAAAAAAUCAGAUUUUGAGACUAGAGAGAGGUAAACUGAGAACCACCCUGUGCUUUGUUUUAUUCGUCCUCAUGAACAUGGAAGACGUAAAAGUCCAUGAAAUGCAGAUUUUUGACUACAGGAAAAAAAUUGCUGAAUCAGAAACUAAAUUAAAGCAGCAACAGAACCUGUAUGAAGCUGUGAGGUCAGACAGGAAUCUGUAUAGCAAAAAUCUGGUUGAGGCUCAGGAUGAAAUAAUGGAAAUGAAGAGGAAAUUAAAGACUAUGACCCAUCAGGUAGAUCAGCUGAAAGAAGACAUCUCUGCCAAACAGUUAGCGCUUGUGAAGCUACGUCUGGAGCAGCAGCGGAUAGAAAAGGAGAAGGAAACACUAAAGGCUGAGCUGCAGAAGCUGAGAGAACAAGUCCUGGAGACCAAACAUUUCAUUGAAAAGCAGGAAGCUGAAGAGAGAAAACUUCUGCGAAUCAUUGCCGAGGCAGAUGGGGAGAGGCUGAGACAGAAGAAGGAGUUAGACCAGGUCAUCAGUGAGCGAGACAUCCUCGGGUCUCAGCUCAUUCGGCGCAAUGAUGAGUUGGCUUUGCUCUACGAAAAGAUCAAGAUCCAACAGUCCAUGCUGAAUAAAGGCGAGAGUCAGUACAACCAGAGGAUGGAGGACAUGAGAAUCCUUAAACUUGAGAUUAAAAAGCUUCGUCGGGAAAAGGGGAUUCUUGCCAGGAGUGUGGCUAAUGUUGAUGAACUCAGGCAGGAGCUUUUUCACACGCAAAGAGAAUUCCUGAAGGAGAGGACACGGUGCCGAGCCCUGGAGGAGGAACUGGAGAACCCCAUGAACGUGCACAGAUGGAGGAAGCUCGAGGCCAGUGACCCCAGUACCUUUGAGUUGAUACAGAAAAUCCACACCCUGCAGAAGCGUCUCAUCAGCAAGACAGAAGAGGUGGUUGAAAAAGAGCUGCUCCUUCAGGAAAAGGAGAAGCUGUAUGUGGAACUAAAGCACAUUCUGGCCCGGCAGCCUGGGCCUGAGGCUGCGGAGCAGCUGCACAUCUACCGCCACACUCUGCGCGAGAAGACCAAGCAGCUUAAGGUUUUGUCUUCAGAACUGAAUAUGUAUGAAUCACAGAGCCAAGAAUAUAAACACGAGAUUGGGAAACUUACCAAUGAAUUGCUUAAUUUAAAGAAGAAAUACCUCGCUCAGAAGCGUAAAGAACACAUUCAGAAAAACAAGGACAGAAUAUCCAUGGAUAACACCUUCUCAGUGGCCAAACCAACUGGCCCUCAUUUUACUGGGGGUGGAUUUCCCCUCAGCAAGUUAUCCAAGGUGAAGUGCUAACUUGAAUCUGCUGACUGGGUCCAGUUGGACAGCUCAUGAAAUUCACUCUGAAAAAUCUUGGAGGAAUGUCUUUCAGAUACCUUGGAUUGCAGAUAUUUAGGGAAAUCAGUGCUUGGAUUCCAGGAUGGAAAGAAAUGCAGAACUAUUAGAAUCAUGUACAUGUAAGAGUGAGGAUGCUCUGUGUGGUCCACAUGGAUAGAUAUAAACAGACUAUAAUUAUAUCUGUUCAGUUAGGCAGAUCUUUGUUACUACCACAUUGAUUGAUUUGAAGUGAACCGUAUCUAGACACUCCGUAUGGAUGAAAUUUUGGAUCUUAAUUUCUCUAUUACAGACAUGCAUAGCUUUUAUAUUUUUAAAAUAUUUUUGAAAUGCAAUACAUUCUUAUUAGUAAGAAUCUAUUUAAUUAUUCCUUAUUAACAAGUCAUUGUAUGAUUUGAGAAAGAAGGACAAACUCUCAAGUAUUCAAAAGUACUUUGAGAACGAUUUUUAUGUGGAAAUUCUUUUCAGGCCUGGAGUAUGAAAAUAUAUUCCCGAGAGACAUACUAAUAAAUACUUCAUCAUAAAAAUUUAAAGAGAACCUCUGUAGAAAUUUUGAUCUUUGCUUUGGGUAAAGUAUCUAAUUAAAGUUUAAAACUACGAUGAGAAAUGUUUAACGUAAGGAUUUGACUUGAGGAACCAAGAUUGUAAAACGGGUUUGGGCUGGUAUCCUCUGAAGUUCUGUCCUUUCUAGAACUCACACUUGGAGAAAGGAGUGACACAGGACAGGGAUCUAGUUUUGUUCCAGGCUGCAGGCCAGCAUUUCAAGCUACGGGAUCAUUGUAUUUUCUUUUUGUUGAAGCCACAGUUAUGUGGGCAUCUGUUCAAAGGUCUCUUGGUAAGUGUUCAUUCAGUAAUAUGAUGGGAGGGACUCUGGUCAUCUCUUUCACAAUAACUUGACCUCUGUAAUUUUUUAAAGAUUAUUGAGGAGUGAGUAGCCCAGGGAUGAGCAAGGACAAGGUAAGUGGGCCAUUCCGUCUGUGCUGUGGAACCAAAGUUCCCAGUGUGGGAAGCAGGAGGCUUCAUGACCUCAAGAUGUUCAGAUUAUACAAAGAAGUAGGAUUUUUUGAGGGACCUUUGGCAUGUUCUGCUGUCCUUCUUAGUUUACCACCCCCCAAAGCAAGCCCUGGGCAGUGACAGCCAUGAAAGUGAUUUAUUAGGAAGCGAUCCCAGGAAGCCCACUAAGAAUGGGGCAGGAGAUCAAGCUAGGGUACAAUUUCAAGUCAAAUUCCAUGGUGAGAAACUGGCUGGAUCUUUUAGGGGGGGCCUCUGGGGACAAUGUAAUCACAUCACUCAGUUGUCCCCAUCAGGGAGGAGGGAGCUGUGGGAUUUAUAUCCCCAGUGUGGCCAGUCAUUGGCCAAUGACUGUGGGGCCCUUCUGGUUUUCCCUGCCUUGCAGGCAAAGGAGGGUCUUGCUGCCUAGGGGCAGCUCUCAGGCAAAGAAAAGGUAGCUGCUGACCUUUGGAAGUGAAAAUGGUUAAGGGCUCAGGGGAAAUGGGUUGGGCAGUGUCAUCCUCUGUUGCUUCUCCCACAUGGUCCUAGUGGGAGAAUUACGGAUGGAGACCAAUCUCCAGUGUAACAGGUGGCCCUGUGGUCUGAUCAUCAGCUCUUUGCGUGCUGUACAAGAGUGCGGAGGAUGGGUGUGUACCCAGAAAAGUUUGCUGAGAGCACUUUAAACCUAAAGAAUCACAGUGGGCCCAUUUUCAUUUUUGAAAAUCACCGAUGGUAUCUCUCCUCAGACCCAACCGUAUUUUAUUUACACAAAAUACUUGCAGGUAAGGUAAAGCAAUUAUGACACAUGUACAACCCUGGAGAUUUUCCCGUCUGUUCAGAGACAUUGAAGUAUAGCCACAGCCAACUUCCUUCUGAGUCCUUGGGUAGCUUUAUAAGAAGUUCACUUUUCUAGGGAAGUGGGGAUCUGUGGUUCUUGAUCUAUCCCAGUAUGGCAAAGACUCUGGAGACAGAUGCUGGGUUGAAAUCCUGGCUCACUGUAACAGUGUUUUGAGGAUUAAAUGAGUUAAUGCAUGUAUAUUUAGAACAAUGUCAGGCACCUAGUGACUGUUCAGUAAAUAGCUGCCAUGAUUAGUAUUAUUAUAUGAGAUACUUUAUGUUUUGAAAUUAGAGAAUAAAUGCUGUUACAUAAUACUUUAUUAUAACAAUGACAAAGGUGAUUCUAAUCCUAAUUUAGAGGGUGGAUGACACUAAAAUAUCUGGAUGAGGCUGGAUUUGGUAAUGUAAUUUACAGUUGAAUAUCUUGCAGAAAUGCCAUAUUGGGUGCCUCAUGAAAACGUCUGGAUAUUUUUCUUGUAACUGUGAUCUGGGGACGACAGGUCCUUCACCAUAGGAAGUCAGGCUGGUGGCCUCUGGCUGCCAUCUUCUUGUUUCUCUCCAUGUCAUGGGGAAGGGUGGUCAGUCUCUGCUGAUGACUGAGGUGCCCUGAGCCAAGAUCACAUGGGCUCUGAGAGCUGAUGUGGCAGCUCUGUGGGCUCAAUAGGCUUUUGUCCAAAUGGAGGAGUGAAUUAAGGAUAGAAAAGGCAGAAGAUCAUGCCUCUGCCUGUCAUUUUCUGCACAUCCUGACAGCCCAGCAUAUUACAAGCAAUAGCUAUUCAGGUGCAAGUGUUACUACUGUAACCACAGCACAAAAAUCAGCUGUUAAAAACCCUGAGAUUUGCAAAUCAUUAAAGAUAACUGUGAACUCACCGUGGGCUGAGGUGCUUUUAAAAUCGCAAAUUGGAGCUGUGCUGUAAAGCAACAUUAAGAGAUUGUGCAGGAGCAUCAUUUUACCCUGGGACUUUCAGGGUUUCAGAAAGGAGUCAUGUUGCUAAACCAGUCAUUGACUCCCAGCUGGGCUGGCAAGGAGCUAGCUGGUGAGGUUUCUCUGUUGACAGAGAGACACAUGGUAAAGGGGCCUCACCGCUCAUUGUUUUCUGAUCAUGCUUCUCAGUGACUGCUUUUAUAGCCAGGUUUUUAUUUGUGCUUACCUAUGAAGAAAUUGCUCAGAGCAAAUGUUUAUUGCUGUGAUAAGCCGAAGGGAUGGAGGUGGUCAUGCGAGGAAGAGAUGGAAGCAGCUUUCCUUGUCCUGGGCUGUUAUUUUGCUAUAAAAAUUUAUCCACAGCUGAUAAUUAUAGUUUGAUUUCCUGACUUGCUUAGUCAGAUUCUGAAGUUUGAUCUAGACCACUAUGCCCGUUGGCAAAUACUAUAUACUAUAUACCAUAUAAAGAAUUUUGAGCUGUAUGGCAUUUCAGAGCCUGGAUAAUUUGAGGAAAGAUAUUUUCUCCCUUAAACAUAAUUAUAUGGAGAUCUAGCUGGAAUACGAGCAAAGGAAGGGCAUUUAAAAAUAUUAAAAUGGUAAAAUGGUUUAAAAAUAUAUUUCAGCAUUUUCUUUGUAGUAGAUGGGAAAUAUUUUUAUGGCAUUAUCCAUUUUUAGCUUCUAAUUCAAUGCUGUUUUAGUGUACCAUUUCUCAUAUCUAUUAUUUAAAAGUUCCAUUAGGAUUUUGAGACCCAUUAGAAUUUUAUAACAAUAUGAAAUGUGAUAUCAACAGGGUAUCAUUUUUCUUUUUUAUAAUUAAAGAUCAAUUUUUUUCCUGAUUUUAAAGUACCUGAUUAAAAAUACAGAUAGAAAAUCAGAAAAUACAGUUAAGUAACAAGAAAAAGGACAUCAAUAAUCCCACCAUCUAUCGAUAACUCUUGUUUUCUUGGACUAAAGCUCAUCUCAUUUGCAUGGUUGGCUGUUCCCCUGUUUGGCUGCCCACCAUUUGUUCUGACUGGUUGGUGUUUAUAAUUCCCAAUUGUUAACUUUUGAAGAUCACCUCUGAAAUACUACUGUUUUAUAAUUUUGAGUAUAUCUUUCUAGACAUUUGAAAUAAGUAUACAUAGAUAUAAUUUGUUUUUAAAAGUCAAAGAUAUAAUUGAGAUACUUUACCUAUAAUAAAAGCACUUAUUUUAAGUGUAGAGUUUGGUAAGUUUUAACAAAUGUGUAUUCUCAAGUACCACUGCCACAAUCACCAUCCCUCAACAAUGCCCUUAUGCCCCUUGGCUGUGAAUAUUCACAGUCCCAUCUAGUCUAAGCAACAAUAGAUCUAUUUUUUUCAUCGUUAUGUCUUUCUUAUAGUUUGAUACAGCUGGAAUCAUACACUAUCACUCUUUUGUGCCUGGCUUUUUUUACAUGUAAUAUGAUGGUUUUUGAGAUUUAUUCAUGUUGUCAUGUAUAUCAGUAGUUCAUUCAUUUUUAUUGCUAAGUAAUAUUGCAUUAUAACAUAACACGAUUGGUCUAUUGAUUUACCUGUUGGAAAUUCAGGUUAUUUCCAGUAUUUAACUAUAAUGAACAAAGUUGCUAUAAACAUUCAUGUACAAGUCUUUAUGUGGAUAAAUAUAAUUUCUCUUGAGUAAAUAUUGGGGAGUGGAAUUUGCUGGGGUAAAUGGUAGUGUGCAUUUAACUUGAUAAGAAACUGCCAACCUGUUUUCCUAACUGAUUGGACCAUUUUACAUUUCUGCUUUGAUGAGUGUGAACUCCAAAUAUCCCAAUCCUUGUCAGUAUUCAGUGUCAUCAGUAUUUUUUUAAACCAUUCUAUUAGAUACAUAGUGACACCUCAUCAUGGUUUAAACUUGUUUUUCCUGAUGACUAAUAAUGUUAGGCACUUUUUUUCAUGUGCUUUUUCAUCAUUUCUAUGUUGAAGUGUCUUCAAAUCUUUUGCCCGUUUUUAAAAUCUUCUUAUUAGGUUGUAAAAGUUCUUUGUAUAUUUUGGGUACAAAACACCAUCCAUCAGACAUAUCUGUUGCAAAUAUUUUCGCUUUGUGUGCAGGUAUUCUGAAGAGCAGACGUUUUUCAUUUUAAUAAGGUCUGAUUUAUCCUUCUUUGCUUAAGUGGUUUGUGCUUUUCUUGUCCAAGAAAUUUGUGCCUACUCCAAAGCAGUAAUGCUUUUUUUAAACCUGUGUUUUUCUUUAGCAGUUUUAGCUCUAUGUUUAUAUUUAUGACCCAUGUAGAGUUAACUUUUGUAUGGUGUGAGGUUAGAGUAGAGGUUCAGUUUUGUUGCACAUGGAUAACCAGUUCAGCAACGUUUCCUGGAAAGACUCUCAUUUUCCCAUUAAAUUGCCUUGGCACGUUUGUAGAAAAUCAGUUGGUUCUAUUUGAUAGUUCUAUCUAUGAAUUCUCUAUUCUGUUUUGUAGUUCCAUAUCUAUCUAUCUUGAUAACAGUGGCUUUAUAGUACAUCUUGAAAUUGGAUGGUAUAAGAUCUUCAACUUCUUCCUCUUUAGAAUUAUUAUUCUCGGUCCUUUGCAUAUCUGUCUGCAGUUUAGAAUACACUUCAUCAAUUUCUACCAAAAAGCCUGCUGGGAGUUUGGUUGGGAUUGCAUUGAAUCUGUAGGUCAAUUUGGAGAGGAUCACUUUAACAAUAUCGAGGCUUUCAACCCACAAACAUGGUGCAUGUCCUAGAUUACUUAGAUAUUUAAAAAUAUCUCUCAGAAACCUUUUGUAGUUUUCAGUGUGCAGGUAUUGUACAUAUUUUGUUGAAUU